CCGGUGCCGUCACGGGACAGAGCAGUCGGUGACAGCUCCGAGGGCCCCUGUCCCGCACCCAUGGCCGAGCCGGACCCCUCUGACCCUCUGGAGACCCAGGCAGGGAAGGUGCAGGAGGCUCAGGACUCAGAUUCAGACACUGAGGGAGGAGCGGCUGGCGGAGAAGCAGAAAUGGACUUCCUGCGGAACUUCUUCUCCCAGACGCUGGGCCUGGGCACCCAGAAGGAGCGUCUGCUGGACGACCUCACCCUGGAAGGGGUGGCCCGCUAUAUGCAGAGCGAGCGCUGUCGCAGGGUCAUCUGUUUGGUGGGAGCUGGAAUCUCCACGUCCGCGGGCAUCCCUGACUUCCGCUCCCCAUCCACCGGUCUCUACGCCAACCUGGAGAAGUACCACCUUCCUUACCCGGAGGCCAUCUUUGAGAUUGGCUACUUCAAGAAACAUCCAGAGCCCUUCUUUGCCCUCGCCAAGGAGCUCUAUCCUGGGCAGUUCAAGCCCACCAUCUGUCACUACUUCCUGCGCCUGCUGAAGGAGAAGGGGCUGCUCCUGCGCUGCUACACGCAGAACAUAGACACCCUGGAGCGCGUGGCGGGGCUAGAGCCUGAGGACCUGGUGGAGGCCCACGGCACCUUCUACACGUCGCACUGCAUCAGCCCCGUCUGCCGGCGGGAGUACACGCUGGGCUGGAUGAAAGAGAAGAUCUUCUCCCAGGUGACUCCCAGGUGCGAGAAGUGUCAGAGCGUGGUGAAGCCUGACAUCGUGUUCUUCGGGGAGAGCCUCCCAGCGCGGUUCUUCUCCUGCAUGCAGUCAGACUUCCUGAAAGUGGACCUCCUCAUCAUCAUGGGCACCUCCCUGCAGGUGCAGCCCUUUGCAUCCCUCAUCAGCAAGGCGCCCCUGUCCACCCCGCGCCUGCUCAUCAACAAGGAGAAAGCUGGCCAGACGGACCCCUUCCUGGGAAUGAUGAUGGGUCUCGGCGGAGGCAUGGACUUUGACUCCAAGAAGGCCUACAGGGACGUGGCCUGGCUGGGGGACUGCGACCAGGGCUGCCUGGCCCUUGCUGACCUCCUCGGAUGGAAGAAGGAGCUGGAGGACCUCGUCCGGAAGGAGCAUGCCAGCAUAGACGCCCAGUCAGGGCCGGGAAGCCCCAACCCCACCACUUCAGGUUCCCCCAGCAAGUCUCCACCUCCCGCCAAGGAGGAAGCCCGGACCACGGAGGGAGAGAAACCACAGUGACAGCGUGUCCCCCGGGCGGGACGCCCCGCUCCUUUGGGACAGCUGAGCCCCACCAGCCCCUGCCCCCUCUAACUUUUAGCUCUUGUCAGGGGAGCUCAGAACAUUUCCUCAGUCUCUUAACCUCUCCCUCCCAAAACGGGGAUCCCAGACCCCCGGAUCCGGCAGAUCUCUAACGUCUCCAAGGGGCCGAGGCGUGGGCAGCCUGGCUCUAACCCCUGCAGCCUCCACCCACCCCAGGGUGAGGCUCAACCUCCCUCAUCUCUAACUGCUCCCAGGGCCGGGGGUGCCUCCACACUUCUAACCGACACAGGAUCCCAGGACAGGGGUCCCGGGCCCCCACGCCCUCUGCUGCUCCCAGGGGCCUGUGGCCAAAACCUAACCAUCCCUGGGGGCGGGGAGGGGCCUUCCAAACAUGACUCACACCCUGUGGGGGACCCCCAAGUCCCUGCCUCCAACUCCCAAAGUGAGUGCUGGGCCCCCUUCACUCAGGACCCACUUCCCACUCGGGGAUGGACAGAGGCGUUGCUUAUCGGAGAGAAAUUAAAAACGAGAGACAACUAACACUUA